AUGGAAGGUAUGGUAAAGGCGUGUGGUAAACAAGCAAAGGGAGCAAUAAUCGCAUUCCUUGGAUUUUAUGCUAUUGGAAUCCCUUUGGCGGGAGUAUUCAUGUUUGUUGUUAAAAUUGAUAUUUAUGGGUUUUGGGCCGGAUAUGCGACUGGAAGAGUAUUUACAAAUAUUUUACUAUUUGUUCUAAUCAAACGCUUCGACUGGAAACAUAUCGCCGAUUUUGCGAGUUCACGAAGUACAGAUAACGUCAUCCAUCAGAGUUGGACAACACCAGCAGUUCGACGCUCGUCUCACGCGGUAUUGAAUACUUCAACUGUUUCCAAACUUCAAAAUACAAGGCUUAGACGAGUACAACCAACGAAUGGACAAAUAUCAACAAUUACCAAACUUAAUAAACAGACCAACAAGAAUAUCUCAGCCGUCGCAAAGUCAAACUCUAAGAAUACGCCUGUACGUACAAAUGGGCAUAUCUCAUCCACAAUAAAGAAUACAUCUUCUUCCAGAAUCAAAAGAGAGAUUGGUAGUCGACAGUUAACAACAGCUGUACAAGUAAUACCAGCUGUUGCACAAGCGAAACCUGAAAAAACAUUAUACCGACUGAUUAUGUUUAAAUUACUUGUAGCAAUUCCAUUUGUUCUCUUAUUAGGAGCUGGAGUAUUAACAUCAGUAUUCAUUCCUUUAACAUAA